AUGGAAGUGGAGCAUGUGUCUAUGGACUUCAUCGUGGGGUUGCCUCGGAUAGUCAAAGAUAUACAUGAAGAAGGUGGUGAGAUUGCAUGGAGUGCCGUGUCCAUCGUGUCGGAUAGAGACCUCGUUUCACGUCUAACUUCUGGAAAAGUCUCCAGGCAGCUUUGGGACCCGGUUAGACUUUUAGUUAGCUUUCCCACUCAGACUGAUGGGCAGACAGAGAGAUUGAAUCAGAUAUUGGAAGACAUGUUGCGUGCCUGUACCAUAGAGUUUUCAGGAAGCUGGGAUGCUCACUUGCACUUAAUGGAGUUGCUUAUAAUAACAACUACCAGUCCACUAUUGGGAUGUCACCCUUUGAGGCCCUAUAUGGGAAGAGUUGCAGAUCCCUGUGUGUUGGAUGAGAUAUACAUGAAGAAAGGUGGUGAGAUUGCAUGGAGUGCCGUGUCCAUCGUGUCGGAUAGAGACCCUCGUUUCACGUCUAACUUCUGGAAAAGUCUCCAGGCAGCUUUGGGACCCGGUUAG